UCAUCGAAACACUCAGACACAACCCUAGCCCCCAUUUGUUUCCCUCUUUCGAUUACACCGAGAUACGCAAGAUCCUCUGCGAAAAUCACAACCAAACCUUUCCGAAAUCUCAACUUCCGUAUAUCCUUUCCGAAAUCCUUUCCAUAACCCAAAAAUUCGAUGGAACCCUUUGUCCAUCUCCUAUAUAUGUUGAUGCGUAUCGUUAGACUUCACAAGCCAUUCCACCUCUUUAAGCAGAAAGUAAUCAAUCUGAGAUGACAUCCUCAGCUUUCGAUAACCAACAAACCGAUGUUGAUAUGCAAUGUGAAGACCAAGUGUACCAAGAGACAAGUGCUAAUGCGAAUGCCACAUCUGGAGCAUCCUCUCAGGCGAAUAAGGUGAAGAAGUUGGUUGUGCCAAGGUCUCGUGUGUGGGAGCAUUUCACAAGAACCAAAGAGACCCGAGACAAGUGUGUAUGUCACCAUUGCCACAAGAUCUUUUCAUGGGCAUCCAAGUCAGGAACUUCGAACCUGAAGCAGCAUCUGCAAAUCUGCAAAGAACACCAGUCGUUCUUAAUUGGUCAGAAAACGAAUCAACAACAGAUUGGUAAUGAAGGAAAUCUGAAGCCAUCUAAAGUUUCUGAGACUGUUUUCAAAGAAGCGUGUAAUGAGUUGGUGGUGUCAGCAAGAGUUGCCACUUUCACUCAUUGAAAGUACAUCUUUCAAACACUUCUGCAAUAAGGUUAACCUCUGGAAGCCUCACUCAAAAAGGACUGCGACCAGGAACAUUGUGGAGAUGUUUGUGAAGAAGAAAGCUGCAUUGAAGAACUUACUCUGCACAAGCAAACAAAGGGUUUCCCUUACCACUGAUAUUUGGACUGCUCAAGUGACAGGAGCAAGUUACAUGGUUAUCACAGCACAUUUCUUUGACGAAUCGUGGCAGCUGAAGAAGUUAAUCAUUGGCUUCAAGUACAUCAUUGAUCACAAAGGUCAGACAAUUGCUAAUGUUCUUUUAAACUGUUUAGAAGACUGGGGAAUUGAGAAACUGUUCUGCAUCACAGUAGAUAAUGCAACUGCCAAUACUUCUGCUUUAGGGAGGUUCCAUAGUGUCUUUAGCUCAAUUUCCCCUGAUGCUUUAGUCUUAGAUGGAAAUUAUUUACACAUGAGGUGUGCUGCGCAUAUUAUAAAUUUGAUUGCUAAGGAGGGGUUGCGUGAUUUAGGCGAUAAUGUAUUAGCUAUCAGAAAUGCGGUACAAUAUAUUCGGUCUUUUACCAGUAGGGUCAAUGCUUUUGAUCAAAGAGUCACAACUGGUAAGAUGACUCGUGGUAGCUUACCUUUGGAUGUAAAGACUAGGUGCAAUUCAAUUUUUCUUAUGCUAUCUAGAGCAUUACAGUUUAAGGUAGCAUUUGAUAAGAUGGAAACAGAGGAUAGGCUGUACAAUGACUACUUUUUGGAAGUAGAAAAUGGGGUUAAGAGGUGUGGACCACCUGCUGCUAGCGACUGGAGUGGUGUUGAGAAGCUGAUUCGGUUUUUGGUCAUCUUCUACAACAGCACUUUGAUUGUCUCUGCCUCAUCUAAGGUCAAUACAUACAAAUGCUAUGGUGAGAUAGUGACAACUGAGAGAAAUCUCAUUGGUUUAGCGAAUAGCUUAGAUUCUGAGUUGAAGUUGACAGCAUCUGAUAUGUUGAAGAAGUUUUUGAAGUACUGGGAAGGUAUCAAGGGUCUUAAUAAAAUGUUGAUCCUAGCGACAGUCUUUGAUCCUAGGAAUAAGAUGCAUUUUGCUAAGCUAUGUUUUGAGAAACUGUAUGGGAAAGACAGUUAUGAGGCUAAGAAAAUGCUAGGAUCAGUGAUUGAUCUUCUCCAGAGCAUGUUCAAGGAAUACAACUUGCGUUUUAGAGAGUCUUCCGGCCAGCCAGCACAGUCAACUCAAGCGUCUAGUGUCCCUGUUCCAGAGUCUCAGGAGCAAGCAUCAGAAAGAAUGGAAUUGGUAGUUGAUGAUUUUGGGUAUGAAAGGAUGGAUGCUGUGUACAAGGAACUUGUAGCUGAAAAAGGUGAGGACACAAGGGAUGAACUUGAGGUUUACUUGAAGGAAGCUGUUGAGACUCCUAAACUCUUACCGGGAACCGAGUUUGACAUUCUUUCAUGGUGGAGAGUGCACAAAAUCAAGUAUCCGGUUCUUGCAGAAAUGGCCAGAGAUCGAGUGCAUUUAGCACAACUGGCAGAAUAUUAGAACUGCACAGAAGCUGCUUAACUCACUUCAUGAUAGAGGUUUCUUCUGUGUAGCGAGUAAUGGAUGCAUGCUGAUAUUAAACUUACUGAAAGGAUCAUCACAAAUGAACAAAUUCUUGCCGAAGUUGAACAUCUUGAUAAACUUGAGGAAGGUAUGUUUCUUCUACUUAAGUUCUCGUCAUUAAAAUUUGUAUAUGUGUUCUCUUACUAAUUUGUAUACUGUUCUUUUGU